AUGGCUACGACUGGCAAGUCUCACGACUGCCACAUUGACUUUGUCCCCGUGCACUGGUACAAUGACCACACGCUGGAGAAUGAUCUGGAGAGCUGGGUCAACAAAGUCUGCUCUUUGGUCAGAAACCGCAAAAUCUAUAUUACCGAUUUCAAGGGGUUUGGAAGUGAGGACCAGCAGCGUCAAUUUAUGAAGAAGGCCCUGCCCUAG